AUGGAAAGAACCGACAGUAUCGUAGUUCCCCCAAGAUAUGGAAAGAUGAUCACAAUUCUCAGCAUCGAUGGCGGCGGCAUAAGAGGGCUUAUCCCCGCAACCAUCCUCUCUUUCCUCGAAUCCGAACUUCAGAAGCUGGACGGUGAGGAUGCAAGAAUCGCCGACUACUUUGAUGUGGUUGCAGGAACAAGCACAGGUGGUCUUGUGACGGCCAUGCUCACAACCCCAAAUGAGAAUGACCGCCCACUGUUUUCUGCCAAAGAUAUUAGCGACUUUUACAUGAAUCACUGCCCUAAAAUCUUCCCCCAAAAGAAGUUUCCUUUGUUUCGUUAUACUAGAAAGAUCAUCAAAGCUCUGACAGGACCAAAAUACGAUGGCAAGUAUCUACAUGGCUUGAUUAGGCAAAAACUGGGCGACAAAAAGAUGCACCAAACAUUGACUAAUGUUGUCAUUCCCACAUUUGACAUCAAGAAUCUCCAGCCCACUGUCUUCUCCAGCUUUAGGGUAAGGCAUAAGCCAUGCUAUGAUGCCUUGCUCUCUGACGUAUGCAUUGGAACCUCAGCAGCACCAACUUUUCUUCCAGCUCAUUAUUUUGAAACCAAGGACGAAUUUGGACAAACUAGAGAAUUUAACCUCAUAGAUGGUGGCAUAGCUGCAAAUAAUCCAACUUUACUUGCUAUUUGUGAAGUAACAAACGAAUUAAAGAAGGCGAAUCCGGACUUCUUUCCUGUGAAACCAGUGGAUAUGGACGAUUUCUGCGGUGGCUCCACCCCAAUCAUCAAUGUGUUCAGUCAAGCAAGUGCCGAUAUGGUUGAUCUUCACCUUUCUGGAGUUUUCCAAGCCCUCCACUCAGAGGAUUACUAUCUUCGAAUUCAGGACGACACGCUUCGUGGGACGGUGUCUUCCGUGGAUGUAGCCACAAAGAAGAACUUGUCCCGUCUUGUCACAGUUGGAGAAGGCCUAUUGAAAGAACGAGUUUCCAGGGUUAAUUUGGACAGUGGCAGGUUUGAGGCUUCUGAUCAUGAGACAAAUGAAGAGGCUCUUAGAAGGGUUGCAAAACUACUCUCUGAGGAGAGGCGUCUUCGCCAAGAAACGUUGAAUGAUGGGCUUGCUUCAAGCUCCCACUGA